AUGGCGCAUCUUUGGGUCCCUGCUCCGGAGCCAGCCACUGAGCUGGGGAGAUAUCGCGUUCUAUCGUCAACUGCGGGUGUUCGUGUCUCACCCCUGCAGCUUGGAGGAAUGUCUAUUGGGGAUGCCUGGCAAGAUUCCAUGGGCUCUAUGACCAAAGAAUCGUCAUUCAAGUUACUGGACGCAUUCUACGAAGCAGGGGGAAAUUUCAUCGACACAGCGAAUAACUACCAGGAUGAACAGUCCGAAGCCUGGAUUGGCGAAUGGAUGGCCCAGCGCCAGAACCGCGACCAGCUGGUGAUUGCAACGAAAUUCACUACGGAUUUCCGAUCCUACAAGCUCGGAAAGAACAAGGCCCCUAAUCACACCGGCAACCAUCGCAGAAGUCUGCAUAUGAGCGUUCGCGAGUCCCUCAAGAAACUACAAACCGAUUGGAUCGACAUCCUGUAUCUUCACUGGUGGGACCACACCACAUCAAUCGAAGAGAUCAUGGACAGUCUGCACAUACUUGUGGAACAAGGCAAGGUUCUCUACCUGGGUAUCUCGGAUACCCCGGCCUGGGUUGUCUCGGCUGCGAACACCUAUGCCCGCUGCCAUGGCAAGACACCUUUCAGCAUUUAUCAAGGGAGAUGGAAUGUUCUGCUGCGCGACUUUGAACGGGAGAUCAUUCCAAUGGCACGCCACUUUGGAAUGGCCCUUGCCCCAUGGGACGCGCUGGGCGGUGGUAAAUUUAAGCGAAAGGAGGAGGUUGAACAACGCAAAGCUCAGGGCGAGGGACUGCGAAGUAUACUCAGUCCAGAGCAGAGUGAAGACGAAGCCAGGAUGAGUGCCGCGCUUGAGAAGGUGGCAGGUGAGCACGGCAUCACAUCGCUCACUGCAGUGGCGCUUGCAUACGUGAUGGCCAAGGCUCCGAACGUGUUCCCCCUCGUUGGCGGGCGCAAAGUGGAAUAUCUUCAGGACAACAUACAGGCGCUCAAGCUUCGGCUGACAGAGAAGCAAAUCGAGUUUCUCGAGAGUCAGACGGUGUUUGAUAUUGGCUUCCCAGGCAACUUUAUUGGCCCCGACCCCAAGGUGACAGGCAAGGCAUCAUUCCUUCUAGCUGCCAAUGCCAAUUAUGAUUUCGUUCAGGAGCCCCGCUCCAUCACGAGCCCUGAAUAG